UCGAUUGCCUUGUUAGUUAAUAUCUCCAAUGACAAGAAGGAGAAGAAUUCAUGUUUUUCCACGAAGCACAGGGCUUCUGAGAGGAAAAGACACAAGAUAUGAAAAACAUUCUCCUCACCUUACCUUCAUAUCACCAUGACUCGUCACCUAGGAGGAGAUAAGUUUAUAACAUCUUUUUGGAGUGUCGAAACAGAUAAUAAUUAAUGGGGGAAAAAAAAAAAGAAAAUGAAAAUCAGUGUGACAGCGUUUAUACCAUAAACAAAACAGAAGAUUCGGACUUUGGUGGCACUAACAAGGCGGACAACUCAACCCUCCUCCUCCUCCGGUAAAAGAGAGGCUGAAAGCGCUGUAUUUACUCUACUCAACAAACUGAACACCAGCUACUGGUAACGCAGAUACGGAUCAAAGUCAAAUGCUUUGGAGUUUGGAGUACUUGUUCGAAGCUCCAUCAAUGGCUGAUCCCAACCUCGCCUAUCUAUCUUUCCUCCUUCUUGUCCCUCUAUCUAUCCUCUUCUUCCUCUACCUCAUAGUCCGGCCACGCCCCGUCAGGAUCCCAAUCAAGAACCGCCAUGUGUUCAUAACCGGUGGAUCCAGCGGGAUCGGCCUCGCCCUGGCUCACCAGGCCGCUUCGGAGGGCGCGCGCGUCUCCAUCCUUGCCCGGUCCCUCGACAAACUUGAGGACGCGAAGCAGGCGAUCCGGCUCGCCACCGGCAUCGACGUGGCUGUGUUCGCGGCCGACGUGCGGGACUACGACGCCGUCACGAAGGCCGUGGAGGAGGCGGGGCCCAUCGACGUGUUGAUCGUUAAUCAGGGGGUGUUCGUGCCUCAGGAGCUGGAAAGGCAGGGAUUGGAUGAGGUGAAGUUCAUGGUGGACGUGAAUCUGAUUGGAGCUUUCAAUAUGAUCAAAGCCGCUUUGCCUGCGAUGAAGCUUAACCGAAGCGUCCGUGGGCCCGCCUCCAUCGCUCUCAUGUCGUCCCAGGCCGGCCAGGUGGGUAUAUACGGUUACACAGCUUAUUCAGCCAGCAAGUUUGGGCUUCGGGGUUUGGCAGAGGCUUUGCAACAGGAGGUCAUUGCGGAUGACAUCCAUGUCUCUCUUAUAUUCCCACCGGACACCGACACUCCCGGUCUAGUCGAAGAAAACAAGAGAAGACCACAGCUCACGGCCAUCAUUGCAGCCUCCUCUGGUGCAAUGAAAGCUGAUGAAGUUGCCAUGAAAGCUUUAAGUGGCAUCAAAUCUGGUAGCUUUAUUGUUCCCUGCAACUUCGAUGGUCUGUUACUGUCUAUAGCAACUGCCGGUUUAUCACCCCAGAGAUCAUUCCUGAUGGCAUUUGUCGAAGUUGUUGCCAUUGGUAUAAUACGUUUUGUAGCUCUAUGCUACCAGUGGAACUGGUAUCGAAGUAUAGAAAAGUGGACGCGCAAAAAUAGGUUCAAAUUCAUCGAAUUGUUUCUAUAGGCAACCUCAGAAACCAGUCUUUUGUUUCAGGGACCUAAAAGUUCACGCUGCUUUCUGUGGGUGUGAAUACCUUGGGUGUUGGGAUGGCGGCUGUCAGUUCAGUUCUGCUGAUUACCAUCAAAGUUAUUACCACAUUGAUUCUUUUCCACGUUGUACGCAGCUAUGAACUCCCUAUGCAUGUUGUGUUAACAUAUCGGUCAUCUUGUGAUUGCUCUUAUGAUGCCGCUCUAUCUGAGCUAUUGUUUUUUCUCAACGAUAAUCUCGUAAAAGAGAUUAAGGACAAUAUUAACAAAUAUUUUAAGAUUUUUAAUUACAAUACUUCCGCUUA